CAAGAGAACAGCUACCGAAAGGGUCACGGUCACCAUCGGGUAAGUAGAGCCGAUGGCGCAGCCACUCUCUGACGAGUCCAAGGGCUCGACGCAGGGCGAGCUCAUCCGCGACUAUGCGCCAGCAGACGGUGUUUCAUGGCGCUUUGGCCGGCCCGACUACGCAAAGGUCAACACCACGUACUUUAAUCACCGCACCAUUGCCCAUCAAGAGGGUUCUUUGGAAGCCCUUGUACAGAAACUGAUGAAGAACUGCCAAGUGGAAGCUGACAACGUCGCAGAUGUACACAAGUGGAAGACCAUGGACACCGCAAAGUUCAAGCUGGCGGUGAAUGGCGGCUGCCCCUGCAAUGCGCAGCUCAUGUCGGAGAUUGGGGCAUUGAAUAUCCUCCUUGGCGAGACCGUAGAUUACUCUGGCUCAGCUGCCUCUGUCGAGGCAUCGCGCCAGAUCUUCAGUGACGCUUUUCCGGAGGGUGUCGCCUGGGAAGUGCUUGAGGUCUACACCGGACCUCCAAACCUGCUCUUCAAGUGGCGAUUCUUUGCGAAGUAUAGUGGCACUUUUCGGAGCAAGAAUGGCAAGAAGUACAAGGGCAACGGAGACAUGGUCAACGUUGCGGGCUUGUGCUUGGCAAAAGUCAACGAGAAGCUAGCGAUUGAAACCUUGGAUUUCUACUACAAUCCGGAGGAGAUGACGCGGCCGUUGACCACGACCUUGGUUGACGUGACACAACGGGCCAUGGAGGAUGAAGCUGCAGAUCCCAAGGUGGGGAUUGGAGGUUGCAAAAGUGCGCUGGACAAUUGCGCGCUGAUGUGAAAGGUACCGAAGUGUGCCAACGACGUUUGGGAGCCUCCCAAAUCCACUUCUGAUGACGGCAGCAAAGUCUGCCAUUUGGGGCGAAGAUUUGUGCCAGGUUGAAACGAGUCUUGUGAUUCUUAUGCUCUGCGC